AUUGACAUUAUAUUAAAUAAAUAUUGGCAUUUAUUUUCCUCAGAUGUGGAAAAAUGCACCAAGUGUCCAGAUGAUAAAUAUCCAAAUGAGAAAAAAGUCCAAUGUAUCCCGAAAGUUAUAACCUUCCUGUCUUAUGAAGAACAUUUGGGCAUCAUCCUGGUCUCCUUUGCCCUGCUUUUGUUCCUAACCACAGGCCUCAUUUUAAUCAUAUUCCUUAAAUACAUAGAGACUCCUAUUGUCAAAGCAAACAACCGCGACCUCUCCUACAUCCUCUUGGUAUCCCUGCUGUUUUGCUUCCUGUCUUCUUUUCUCUUUAUUGGCCAACCAAGGAAAGCUACCUGCCUUCUCCGACAAACCAUGUUCAGCAUAGUCUUCUCAGUAGCUGUGUCUUCUGUAUUGGCCAAAACAAUCACAAUGGUACUGGCAUUCUUGGCCACAAAACCAGGGAACAGAGUGAGGAGAUGGUUGGGGAAGAGCUUGGCCAACUCCAUCAUUCUUUUCUGUUCUGCUGUCCAGAUGUUCAUCUGUGCCAUGUGGCUGGGAGUUUCUCCCCCAUUCCCUGACUCUGACCUGCAGUCCCAGCCUGGAGAGAUCAUCCUUCAGUGCAAUGAAGGCUCGGUCACCAUAUUUUAUGUUAUCCUCAGCUACAUGGGCUUCCUUGCUGCUAUUUGCUUCAUAGUGGCUUUCCUGGCCAGGAACCUGCCUGGGGCCUUCAACGAAGCCAAGCUGAUCACUUUCAGUAUGUUGCUAUAUGGGUUUCAAGGACAUUCAGAUGACCUCCAGUUACAGGACUCUGUAUGA